AUGGUGGAACACAAAGAUGCGAGUAAAAUUGGAUCCUCCAUGAUGUCGUCAUAUUUGCCUUUGCUUGUCUUCCACCAUCAUCGUGACGGCCAAGAGGACAAUGAAGACGAGAUGCUAAUGUUCAGCAUAUCCAAGCAAAGCUUGCACAGGAACAUGGAGCGUCGCCAUGUAAGCGCAGGCAACAGCAGCAUGUGCUGGACCACUCCACAAGGAUGGAUACUCCUCUUCCAGGACCAUGGCACGGUGUCUUCAGCUUGCCUAUGGAACCCUAGCACCGGCGACAAGCUUCCUUUGCCAGAUAUCGUAGGGGAGGAGGAGCACCAAAUCCAGUACCAUAAUGUGUGCCUACUCUCUCACAAGGACCCAGCUCACCCACAAUGUGUCGUCGUGCUCUUCAAUUGUGCUGCGCCAGAUUUCUGGUACUGCCACACUGCCACCAGCGACAACAGCAGCAGCAACAACAAUUGGAGAUAUCACUCAUACAACAUCGGUAACUAUCCUUCUAUACCCAAGCCACCAAAGGGGAAAAAGGCCCGUCGCCGUAUCCGCCCUGUCAAGAAAAUCAUCUCCAUCAUGGCUUCCUUCCGAGGGAAAAUCUACUUCACCAAUUGGCCUAAAGACAUGCGUGCCAUAGAUUUCUCGUCCUGUACUUCCACGGCAAAUCACAACCGCCCUACAUUCCAAAAAUUCAACAUCCCGGAUGUUGGUCUCCCCAAUGGAUUGUGCUCGGGCAGACAGUGGUUGGUUGAGUCGCAGGAUCAACUCUUUGUUGUUACCAUUGGCUUCAUUGCAUUUAAUCCAAACAACAUUGGUGCCAUAGAGGUGCAUAGGAUGGAUUUCUCCUCCUCGACGCAAGAGUGUUGGCACAGGGUGCAUGACAUUGGAGACGUUGUGUUUCUCUUGGAGGACGAAAACAUGGCGACUUCUUGCGCGGCGAGCGCUCUGGGACUGAAAGCAAACCAGAUAUUCUUUAUGAAGAAUUUUAUGGAUGAUGAUGGUGACCUGUGCAUUUUUGACUUGGAAACAAACAGCCAAGAGAUUACCCAAGUCCACAACCGUGAAGACUUGAUUCUUUGCCGCAAACCUUUCUGGAUCGUGCCACCUAGCUAA